AUGGCGAAUUAUGGACAGCCCCGUGUCAUGCUGUGGGUAGUGUGGCGUUCUUGUUCCACGGCUGUGCUUCGCUCGAUCAGCCAAGCUGACGGUGGAGUCUAUUACUACGAACCUUUCUUAUCUGCGGCUUACGAAGGGCCAGAUAGCGUAUUUCCAAGGGGUGAACAAGAUGAAGAAACCGUCGACCUUCCCGGUGCAGAUCUCGCCUACAGUCCAUCGGAUAAUACCUUUUCCUGGGUGAAGGACACUUUGGAAGGGCAACACGAAGGAGCAAGGUUCGUUAUCGUCAAGGAUACCCCACUUUCAUUGAAGUUGGCUGGGCGUGACUGGGAUACCAUACCACAGGGAUAUCAACAUACCUUUCUAAUUCGGAACCCCAGUAAGACCUACCCGUCUCUCCAAAGGGCCAAUGAAGAAUAUAAACCACCGGGCUUGAUGGACGAGACUGCGGUUAAAGACUGGCAGGACGAACAGUUCGAAACCAUGGGAGGUGACUUCAAAUCCAUCUCGGAUCUCUACGACUACGUCACAGAUAACAACCUCGACCCCAACCCUUUCAUCAUGGAUGCCGAUGAUCUGAUAGCUUACCCUGACAUAGUGCUAAAGGCGUACUGCAGAGCAACGGGGAUACCGUUCAGCAUGAAGAUGGUCGAAUGGGAAGACAGCGGUCAGCCACCCAACGUCAAAUGGACCACGUGCCAGUCUCAUCUUCAAUAUUUCCAGUGCCUUCAUCACAGUAACGCGAUGAAGAGUAGAGGAUUCACAAAAAACAUCCAAGCUAAACCAAGUACUGCGCUCCAUCCAAAGGUAGCUGAAAUAAUUCAGCGCGAAAUGCCGUUUUACAACAAAAUGUACGGACAGCGCUUCGUUCCAUAG